AUGGGCUGUCAUUGGAGAGAAAUGAGGAGUUUUGGGCUGCAUUUGCUGACCGGCAGAUGGUUCACUCUGUUCGCUUCACUCCUGAUCAUGUCCGUCAAUGGCGGUGCUUAUUUAUUCGGUGUCUACUCCAAUGACAUCAAGUCCACAUUAGGCUAUGAUCAAACAACCCUUAAUUUGGUCAGUUUUUACAAGGAUUUGGGAGGCAACCUCGGAAUCAUAUCAGGGCUGAUUAAUGAAGUUUGUCCCCCAUGGGUCGUUUUGGCCAUUGGCGCUGUUAUGAACUUCUUUGGUUACUUCAUGAUCUGGCUAGCUGUCACGGGCCGUACCCCGAAGCCUCAGGUGUGGCAGCUGUGCUUGUAUAUAUUCAUCGGUGCUGAUUCACAGGCAUUUGCUCAUACGGGCUCUUUGAUCACAACCGUUAAGAACUUUCCUGAGAGUCGAGGCAUCGUUUUAGGCCUUUUGAAAGGUUUUGUUGGCCUAAGCGGCGCUAUCAUGACACAAUUGUACCAUGCCCUGAAUGGAGAUGAUACCAAGUCCAUCAUACUACUCGUAGGAUGGCUUCCGGCAGCUGUUUCAGUCGUGUUUCUUCCUGCAAUUCGACUCAUGAAGGUCAUCAAGCAGAAGAAUGAGCUCAGGUUGUUCUACUCUAUGUUGUAUAUUUCACUAGGCCUUGCCAGUUUUCUGAUGGUUAUAAUCAUUAUCCAAAAGAGGCUUACGUUUAGUAGGAGUGAAUAUAUUGCAAGCGCCGUUGCUGUGCUUAUUCUGGUCUUUUCUCCACUUCUUGUUGUUGCAAAAGAAGAAUUUAGUGCCUGGAAAAGCACGAGACUAUUGUUGCCAAGUAGUGACAUUUCACAUCAUAUCCAAGUUGAACCUGCAGUAACUCAAGUUUCCCCGCAGACACCUGCGGAUUCAGUGGCGAAAGCCCCUGAGGCUGAUGAGGCGGCAGCAACAUAUUCAUGGAACAAGACAAUUGCUUCAAUGAGAAAUGUCUUCCAUCCACCAGAACUAGGGGAGGACUACACCAUUUUGCAAGCAGUUUUUAGUUUGGACCUGUUAAUUCUUCUUAUUUCGACAUCAUGUGGCAUCGGUGGUGCACUAACAGCAAUAGAUAACUUGGGUCAAAUUGGCAAAUCUUUAGGCUAUCCAAGCAAUAGCAUUACCACUUUUGUAUCACUGGUCAGCAUCUGGAAUUAUCUGGGACGAGUAGCAGCCGGAUUCUCCUCAGAAUUCCUUCUGAUAAAAUACAAAUUUCCGCGAUCUUUGAUGCUUACAUUCGUACUUGCACUUGCCUGUGUUGGUCAUAUCCUGAUUGCUUUUCCAGUUCCAAAUUCUCUCUACACAGCUUCAGUGAUCAUUGGAUUUUGUGUUGGAGCACAAUGGACGUUACUUUUUGCAAUAAUAUCAGAGAUAUUUGGCCUUAAAUACUACUCCACAUUGUUCCAAUUUGGUGCCUUGGGAAGCCCAAUUGGAGCCUAUGUUCUCAAUGUGAAAGUAGCUGGUCAUCUCUAUGAUAAAGAGGCAAUGAAGCAAAUGGUAGCUAAGGGGCUCACAAGACAAUCUGGCCAGGACUUGACAUGCUUUGGGGGGAAGUGUUACAGAAAAUCUUUUAUUAUAGUAGCAGCUGCAACCCUUUUUAGUUGCCUUGUCUCUUUAAUUCUGGUAGUUAGGACAAGAGAAUUUUACAAAGGAGACAUUUAUAGAAAGUUUAGAGAUGGCACAAAGAUGGAUUUUGCUGAUGCAACUGGUACUGAAGCAUAUGAUGGCACCAUCACUAAAUCCAAGCAUGAAACUGAAUGUAUAGAUGAAAAUAAGUCUUGUUACUUGAUUUAG